AUGAAGCUUGGAUGGAACUUGAGAACCAAUCAAGAAUGGUUCUUAACAUCGUGGAAAACCUUGCAAGAUCCAUCUUCUGGCGACUAUACGUACAAACUAGACCGUCGUGGCCUCCCACAAAUAGUCCUUCACCAAGGAUCAACAGUGACCUAUCGAAGCGGUUCUUGGGACGGUGUUCGCUUCGGUGGAGACCCUCCUCUACACGCAAAGGCAGUGAUCGAUCCCAUCUUCAUCUUCAACUCAACCAAUGUUUACUACUCCUUCAAGAACACGGAUGAUACUGCUAUUUCAAGGAUAGUAGUGAACCAGACAGGCUCGCUUCAGCUCCUCACAUGGAAUGAAAGGCUUGGCGAAUGGUUCAAUUUAAUGACAAUGCAACGCGAUGCUUGUGAUGACUAUGCAAAGUGUGGCCCUUACGGCAUAUGUCGCUUCGAUGUUUUAGCUGCUUGUUACUGCCCAAAUGGGUUCAUACCCAGAUUGCAACAGGAGUGGGACAGGGGUGAUUGGUCAGGUGGGUGCGUGCGGAGGACACCAAUGAAUUGCAGUGCCCCUCAGGGAUUCAGAAAAUUGCCAGGGCUGAAAUUGCCAGAAUCAUCGUAUUUCUUAGUGGAUAUGACCAAGAUGAGUCUGGUCGACUGCAAAGAGGCUUGUUUGAGAAAUUGUACUUGUGUUGCUUUUUCACUAACUAGUGUGAGUGGUUGCGUGGUAUGGUUUGGAGAGUUGCUUGAUAUGAAAGAGUUUAGUGAACAUGGACAAGAUUUGUAUAUUCGGAUGGCUGCUUCUGAUCUUGGUAAGUGUUUGCCAUAUUAAUCAUCAUUUUACCCAUUUUGAUUUAUGUUUUUGGUUAAUA